AAAAUGGCCGCAAUGAAUGUGAAAGGCGAGACGAUAGUUUGGAGUUUAGUAUAAAUCGUGUGUGUUGUUGUAUUUGUAAACUUUUGUGCAAAUGGAAAAAAUAUAUAUACUAUUGAUGAAAAAUGGUUUGGCAAUUUUCAGUGUAAUUAGAGGAAAUUAACGUCAAUUUAAGAAUCGAUUCACAAAUAAAUCAAUGAACAUUUAAUUCUUAGUCAAUAACGAUCCAGCAUGAUUUGAUUAUUAAAACAAAAAAAAAUUAAAGAUUUCACAAAGAAAAUUUGUGAACUUAGAUUUACUCCCAUGAAUUUUCAUUCGAUUGCGCCUAAAAAUAUUUUGUGUCGAAUUUCAUACAAAACGUACAGCAUAUUUAUACGUGAAUAAGUUAAGUAAAUCAUGGACCCAGCGGUACCAUGGCAGUACACAUAUAAUCGGCUUGCGGCACAGGGUGCCGCAUCUGGAGAUCUUCAUCAUCAUUUUGCUCAGGCUGCAAAUAACAGUGCUUUAGGUGGCAGUCAUGGGUCUUCAGUCAGUGCCGUACCUUCGACAACAUCACAAUUGUUAUUGCAAGCAGCACAUUCAACACCAUUAGGAGCAUCGAGUGCGUCAUUCGCAACACCCUCAUCGUUUUUAUCAGCGCCUUCUUACGAUGUUUUUUCACCAUUAUUUCAUCACGCAAAUCCAAAACCGGCACAUUUCAAUCCAAUAAAUGCUGCCGCUCAGCAUCGGCAACAAGUACUCGCUGCACAGGCAGCAGUUACGAAGCAAACGACCGAUUCAGACAUAAUUCGAGAGAAUUAUACACCACACCAUUCGUCGAUAAGUACGCCUCAAACGGGAUCGUAUUUCGAACAGCCAAGUGGUUCAGCUGUAGCAGCGGCAGCGGCACUCAGCUGGCAGGCCAGAGGCCAAACAGACUUUACAACGCUUCGAAGUCAGGGAGAUUUAAAUACAAACAAUCAAUUACCCAGUGCAUUUGGAAUUUUGCCACAUGAAAAUGUAGCCUCGAGCCCAGCACCAUCAACGGCCACUAAACAUUCAUCAUCAUCGGGCAGUUCAACUGGAGUUUAUGAAUCAUUUAACGCACAUUUCUCACAGCCUAUAAACCAAGCAAAUGCCAUAAUUAAGUCGUCGUCAACGGCUCGAUCAAUGUCACCACAGCAAUCCCAACAACAAAUAAAGCAACAGACGAUUGCGUCGACAUCUGCACCGAGCACCAGUGUUUAUUAUCAAACGCCAUCUCAAUCCUCACCGUAUCAAAAUCUGCAGUCUAGUUUUGCGAAUUCAAAAUCGAUAGGCCAACAGGAGCAAUUGCAACACCAGCAACCUCAGCAACAUAGCAACUACAGCAACAGCAGUAAUCAUACAAUAAGUGGAAGUAAGUCAAGUUUUACGAGCAGUACUGGCAUCAGUUCGUCUUCGCAACUCAAUGCAUCUUCAGAUCCUUCUACUUCUAUAAGUAAAGAUUAUUCCAAUCCCUCUCAUCAUCAUAUAUCGACGCGUGUGAAAUCUGAACGAUCGAAUUCACCUGUGAUUGCCUCUCAAAAUUUUGCAUCAUCCGUACCAUUACAUAAAUUUACUUCUGUGAAUCAUGUGCAAACGAAGGCGAACUCAAAGGCGAUUAUACCAAAUAAUUCUUCAGUUGGUGCUUCACUCAAUAACAAUGCCAACAACGUUCAAGGUCAAGGUCACGGCCAUGGCCAUGGCCAUUGCCAUGGUCAAGGUCAAGCGUCCGCCAUACAUAACAAUGUGAUACAAUCGUCGCCUAUUCAAGUAGCGUAUAGUGGUAGUAAUAACAAUAGAAACAAUAGUAGUCAUAGUGCAAGUAAUAUUAAUACCAGUCGAAAUGCCUCUUCAUCGAUGAGAAAGCAAGAGUUUCAACACAAUAGUGCCUCGCCCAUUCCGAAUUCAAAUCCCACGACUGAUUGUUCGCAUAUUGUGAUACCACGCCGACCGAGCCCGCAUCAAAUAAAUUCACAGCCUUCACCUCAUAGUGCUGUACCAAGUCCAGCUUAUCCCAUGUACAACAGUCCAAUGAAUCCUUCGCAGUCGCCAAUUGAUGCGAGCAUCUCCAGAACUUCGUCGUCAAAAUCCAAUCAAGUUGCCUAUUCGUCUGUGAUUCAAAGAACUGCCCUUCCGUUGUCGUCGUCAUCGUCGUCGUCAAUGUCAAAUUGGUUAGAUGGUUCAAAUGCGCUGCAAGCAAAUUCACCAAUUUAUAAUCAAACGCCGGCUCAAAUUACCAAACUGCAUCAGAUUUCUCCACCGGUUCUUUCGAUUGAUUCACAACAAAGCAGUACCCAUUUCGAUAGUAGUUCUCAAUCGAUUUCCCAACAAAAUCGAACCAAUUUGACAGCUCAAAAAACACAUGGCAACUCGUCACAACCAAUCCAAUCAAAUCAAGCAAGCACACAGUUCACUCAACUGAAUCAGUACAGGCAGCGUCAAACGACGUCAUCUUCGGCUACUAUUUUAAGCGAUCAAACCGUUAAAAAAGUAGACGACUCCAAAUCGAGGACUGGGCGAAAGAAGAAAAUAAACGAUCGAGCGGAUUCUUCUGAUGAUAAACAAACAUCAUUUCCUACUUGUUCUGAAUAUUAUAAUAGCACAAACGAACGUAUUCCGCCACCAGCACACAUACCAAAUCAACAAUCAAAUGGCCCGCCCAGUUGCAAUUUCAAUAGGAUUCACAAUCACAAUAGCACAAUGAUUUCACAUCCCACACACCAUGCAAUUUCCCAUCCAUAUUUUCCCCCUUUUUCCAUGCCAAUUGGCAUUGGCGACUAUUCGAAUGAAUUAAAUUUGAAUUCCGUUCCGAUAGUCACCAAUAAUAUUCCAUACAAUGACAGUCUUGGUACGCCAAGUGUGUCAUCCAAUUAUUCCCCCACCGCUUCUGAGAUACGCGAAGACGAGCCGCCAAAAGUUGUAGUACCGAAUAUUGAGGAAGAACUUGGAUUUCUUGCAGAAAAUAACCGAAGCGGGAGCAUGCAACCGACGUCAACGCAAAUACCACCACAUCAAGGAUCCACACAGAAUCAUUUGACGCUACUGGCCACCACAAACAAUGCACUAUCACAUCACAACCAAUCGAGUCAACAACAGCAAUCACACAUGCAGCACACCACCUCGCACACCGGCCAAAAUGUGAAUAAUUCACAAUCAAGUUCUUCGAAUCAAAUGUCGCAACAGAAAACGACACCAUUGACUGAUAAAAAGUUUCCAACACCAACCGGUCCAGGAUCGGGCUUUAUGCAAAGCUAUUUGAAAUUUUUACAAGGCGAACGCGACACAUCACCACCGCCAGUGAAUCGAGGUGGCGGUGGAGGACGUAAAACAUGGUCAAGAGGAACAAAUCAGGCGACAGUAUCAUCGGCCGCAGCAACAGCAGCAUCGAACCAAACAUCUAAUGCAAAAAAUCAAAUGACCAAUGGUAUGAAUAUAAACAAUACCAUGGUUGGCGGUACAUCGAUUGCAUACGAUCGCAAGCGAAUCGCAAAUGCUCCCACAGAUGACGAUGACGACACCUCAGAUAGUUCAAAUUACAAGUCCACAAACAAAAAUAGUAAAAAGCAAUCACAGCAGAGCGUCGUUGAACGAGCGCCACAGGUACCAAUAAAUGCAGCAAAAAAAGCGCGUACAACCCAAUCCAGCCAUACUAAUUCGCUUUUGUCUUCACAAACACAAUCACAAACAUCGAAUGCAUUGUCUUUACAACAGAACCAUAGUUUACAACAGAAUCAACAGCUAUUGAUGCAACAACAUGCGGCCACUUCAGCCCAUCAACUUGUCGCUGGCACGUCACAAAUACUAAGCCAACAACAGAUGUACUAUCCACAAGAUGAAGAUCCUCUGUCGGUACCACAAGCUCGUCGUGAAACGUCACAUCGUAAGGCCAAAGGUCGAAGUAUUAUGAGUGCAAUGCAAAAACAAGCAUUAGGCCUGGACGUAACUGAUGACUUAGAUGAACCGCCCGAAUUCGUCGAUUCCGAUACAGAUCCCGCAUGGACACCACAAAAGACAAACGAUGAUGAUGACGAUGAUGACAUGCCCCGUCGAAAAGUUACCCGAAAAACGCGAACAACUAAUAGAUCGGGUGUAAAACGCGCAACCACCAAAUCACAAUAUGAUACAGAAAAUACAUAUUCUGAUUUUAAGCAAAAAUCAAGCAAUAGCUCUUCCACACAACUUAAUUAUGGAACGAGUGGCAAUAUAAACAACCAAGACCUCCAAACCGGGGAUUUCAUCAUAAGUCGACAAGAUAUUUUUCAAGAUUGGCCAGCUAUUUGGCGUGUUAACAGUAAAACGCUACUGCAAAAAUUUGAACCAUUUCACAGCAAUAAUAAAACGGUUUAUCGCAGCCUAUCAACGUAUGCACAAUGGAGUCUGGAAAAUCGUCCGUCGUACAUUCUCGUGAAAUGCAGUCAUGUUGGACAAUUACAGCACGAAUUACAUGUUGAGCUGCAACGCAGUGAUCUAUGUUCGGUGACAUCUGAAAUGUACAUUGAAAAGGUGAUACAGGAGUUUUCAAAUACUCAAGAGCAAUUUGAAGUUUACAUUCAAACACUCAUAUCGCAAGCUCUUGACUCCAAUUUCCUUACCGAAAUUAUGCAAGAACAAGACGAAUAUUUUAUAUCAAAUGUGAAAACAAUUGAUGAUCUUACAACUCAGCGGAAACUUCGUUUGCGAAACACAAUGACAGCAUGGCCAACAAGAAUGCUACAUUUGAUAGAAACAUGGCCAUGUUCCAACAUUAUCGAUUGUGAUGUCACAAACAAUGGUCAAAUCAUAUGUGUGGCAUGCAAUAAACGUAAUAUUACAUCAAAAAUAAUUCUUUACGGCCAACCAUACAAUCCAAUCCAUUUGAAUCCAAACACAAUCGGACCCGCUUCCAUGGAUAGUCGAUUUUCAUUAGACAAGGAUUUCUUACUAUGUCGAAGCUGUCUGACACAAUGUGAAUUACUCCAUAAGAUUGCCCAUCAAAAAUACUUAAUGUUUAUGCAGUGUUCACAAAAAGUGGCCGAAAAGAAUGCACAAGAUCCAACAAAAGGUUCUACAGUCAUUUUGAAUGAACUUCUUGCCGAUGAAGCUUGGCUAGGACAGUUAUUCAAAACUGUACGGCGUGCAUGGGCGGAAGUCGACCAAAUUGAAAGGCAACAACGUUUUUCAUCUUGAAAUUUAAUACGAAACGUUAUUUCAGCGGAACGAAUGCUAAUUGAAUUUAAACCUACCGCUGAAGAAAUACAUCAUAUUUGAUAUUUGUAUUAUUAAUAAGGAAGUUGAAUUGGACAUAAUUUGUUCAUUAAAUGUGAUUUUCAAAGAAAACCAUUGUAUUGUUACAUUAAUCAGCAUUUUUAAU